GAUGGGAAAGCGCAUGUUUAAUGGCGUUUUGGAAGUCUCCGCGGCGCUCUCUGGCCAGAAGAGGAGACGUUACGGCGCGAGUUAGCUAACGUUAGCUCGUUAACAAGGAUCUUCAGAGUCAAAAGAAGACUGUACAGGGGUAGAGGUUCAUGGGGUAUAAAUCCCACUGAACUUACUCAGAAGAUAAAGAUCCCAGAUAAGGUGCAUGUCUCAACCUGGUUAAGGGGUUAACUGGCUGAUAUGGCUGUCUAACAGGCUGCCAAAGAUCUCUUCAUGGAUCACAGAGGACAACAAAUAAAAACCACUGCAUCUGUUAGCGUAGCUAAUAACUAGGGAAUCUGAUCCAGAUUCAUAUUAUCAGACUGACCUUAGUGCAUGUGGCCUCCUCAGUUGUUCAUAGACAUCUGCUGGGCAGCCCAAAGGCCUGUUGCUAUGCACUAUAAAAGGAGAGACAUGAGCUGUGGGAAUGCUGGGAGGAGCAGGCUUCUUUCAUGCAGGACUAUCCCUCUGGUAAUAGGGCUUCUGCUGACCAUGGCCCAGGGCACUGUGCUAGAACAGCAAGAGACACUGGUGGAGAUGAUAUCUGUGGAACUAGAGGCUUCCAUGCAGUCCUCUGUGCUCUCUCAGCUCCAGGCUGCUGCAUCUUCAGUUGGCGAAGGGCCGCCUACAGCUAUCCCAGAUUCCUCUACAAAGACUGGGGGAGUUCACACUGUCAUACCUGACUCAUCUGCAAUCGUGGGCCAGGUGUUCCAGUUGAGGGUUCCACCGGGAUCUGCCAAUGUAAGCUGUAAUGUCAAACUCACUGAGAUGGGAAAGGAGACUUUACCCUCCUGGUUAUAUUGGGACAAAGACAGCUGCAUUCUGAGAGGUUUGGCCCUGGAGCAGGAUAAAGGUGUGUAUCAUAUCUUGGUGUCUGGAGAGGAUAUAAUUGAGAAGACUGGCAGGCAAGCGUUCUCCAGUACAGUCUUCUCUAUUGAAGUAUACCCAGAAGAAAGGGCAGACACUGAACCAGCCCUGCUCACUCUGCAGUCUGAUAUCAGUGGCCUCCAGCCUUUCACCUGUGGCUCUGAGGAGCCUGUCACUGUCCUCACUGUCAUCUUGGAUGCUGACUUGACAAAGAUGGUUGCCGUACAGAGGGCCAACUUACUGGGCAUUAUGAGAAAAUUUUCAAAUGUGCCCCUGGAGCACAUGAGGGUGGUCCCUGUUGUCAACAACCGCUUAUUUGACAUGUCUGCUUUCAUGGCUGGACCAGGGAAUGCUAAGAAGGUGGUGGAGAAUGGGGCCCUACUAUCAUGGAAACUUGGAUGUGGCCUUGACCAGGGCAGCAUCCCUGACAUUAGCAGCGUCCAAUCCUCAGCAAAGGAUGGGACCAUGUCAGCAAGGCUGGGGUACCCAGUGGUUGGCUGGCACAUUGUGAACAAAAAGCCUCAUGGAGUGAAACGGGUCAGACGGCAGUUGAACAAUACUCCCACUCCAGUGCCCUCCCUGCUUCCUCCCACUACCCACCCAGAGCCCCCUGUACGUAUUGUUCCCACCCCAACUUCGCCCUCUAUCGCCCCAGCAACAGACAACUCUGCUCCCCCUGUCCGAGGCCCUUUGCCUCUUCCAGUGAAGCCCACAAUGAGGGUCAGAGAUCAGAUAGCCCACACACCUGUUUUUGGACCGCCCCAACCCACAAGAGUACUAGGAACUACAAGCACCAUCCCAAUCCAGCCAACCAUGACCCGGCCUACUUUUGUAGAGGCCACUGCUGUGCCAACACCACCAAGCACCACCAGAAGACCCAAACCCUCUGCCACAAGGAAACCCAAGAAACCCAAAUCUUCCACUCCAGCUCCCCGGGAACCCAAGUCUACUACAGCCAAACUGCCUAGACGCACCACUCCUCUCUCUUUGGCUCCAGACUUGAAUCAACACCCAGAGAUCCGCAACCCCAUUGAUCAGGUGAAUGCAUGGGUUGGCACAUACUUCGAGGUUAAGAUUCCUCCUGAUACGUUCUUUGACAGGGAGGAUGGUACUACUGAUAAGCUGCGUUUGACUUUGAAGAAAACCCCCAAAGAAGCAGUGAGUGAAAUAUCUUGGAUCCAAUUCAACAGCACUAUCCAACUUUUGUAUGGCCUUCCAGAGGAGCAGCAUGAGGGGAAACAUGAGUACUUCAUGUUAGCCACGGAUAAGGGUGGGAGGAGCAUCAUGGAUGCUUUUGAGGUACAAGUCAACCGUUGGUCUACUCAUGACAAACCAUCAGUUGUGUUUGCUGCUCGUUUCCACGGUGAUCCCAAAACUUUAAGCAAUGAUGUCCAUAGGAAGAUUCUUUUGACCAAAAAAUUGGCUUAUGCCCUUGGUGAUCGCAACAGUAGCACAGUGACCCUGAGAAGCAUCACUAGGGGCUCUAUUGUGGUUGAAUGGACCAAUAACAGUCUCCAGCAGAGUCCUUGUCCAAAGGACCAGAUCACAGUUCUUAGCAACAGGAUCUCUGAUUCCCAAGGGACACCUAAACUGGCCUUCAUCAAAGCCAUGGAGCCAGAAUUCAAACCCAUUAACAUCUCCAUUCGUGGUACAAAUAAAUGUCAGAGCUACACAUUCAUCCCACCUGGAGAGGUGCCAUUGCCUGUUCUUCCUACAGCCACACCUUCACCUGGGACAGGUCGUAGGAGCAGUGAUGAUGUUUACCUACAUACUGUUAUUCCCGCUGUAGUGGUAGCAGCCCUGCUGCUAAUAGCUGGGAUCAUUGCUAUGGUCUGCUAUCGCAAAAAGCGCAAAGGGAAGAUGACCAUAGAGGAGCAGGCCACUUUCAUCAAGAAAGGAGUCCCCAUAAUAUUUGCAGAUGAGUUAGAUGAUUCCAAAUCACCCCCAUCCUCCAGCAUCCCUCUUAUCCUACAGGAGGAAAAGCCCCCGCUUCCCCCUCCAGAGUACCCUAACAUGGCUGGCCCCCACAGUACCCUGCUUAACCAGGAUCUGCUGGAGGAGUAUUCUGUUUAUCAAGAUGAUGAUCCUAAUGCCCCUCCUUACCAGCCCCCUCCGCCAUUUACUGUCCCCAUAGAGGGCAAAGGCUCCCGCCCCAAGAACAUGACCGCGUACAGGUCACCACCUCCCUAUGUGCCUCCCUAACACACAUUGGAGCUUUCAGUUUGGAAAGCAGGUGCAAUGUAGGGAAGCUUGUUGAAAACUACUACAGGAGUAAUUUUACAUGUGUUCAAUGAAAUGGCUUUGACUUUGUAGAGGAGCAGGCAACCAUACCCAUAUAUUUGACCACCAUGAAUAAGACACUGUAUCGUACAAUUCUACUACUGGCACAGGGCAAAUGGAUGGGGAACAGUUUGUAAU